AUGGAGCGUUUACUCAAGAAAAGGGACGGUGUAAAAUAUCAAGUCGACUGUAUUUACGAUUACGUGAGGAGUAUAAGUACCGAAGAUGGUGAGGUGAAAACUACGGCGAAAAUUUUGGCAAGUAAGCAAGCGGCUCUUAACGCUUACAAGGAGAAAUAUGAUCAAUACUUUGAAGAUUUACUGGUGGAAUCUACGGUGGAUCAAUUGGAAGAAAUUCAUUUAUCUUACAAGCUGUUUCAAGACAAAUGUACCGGCACUGAAGAAAUUAUUGAAAUAAUUCAGGAUAACUUCUUCUGUGAGGGAGCAGCAAAAUCGUCAGCGGAUAAUACAGCGAGUUUGGAUUCAACACUAUUACAAGCCGUAAAAGAAAUCGUCACAAAUCAAGUUGAAUCUUUACAACGCAUCACGGCGCAACAACAAAAGUCUUUCGAGGAUUUGUUAUCAUCUUCUAAAAGUGUGUCUUCAAGUGAAGCAAAGUUGCCUCAACUCGAAUUGAAGAGUUUUUAUGGUGGUUACGAGCAGUGGGUGGAAUUUUUCGACAGUUUCAAGUGUGCAGUGGAUUCGAAGCCGAAUUUGGCUCCGGUUCAAAAGCUGCAAUAUCUCAAGUCUUGUCUCAAGGGAGAGGCCGCAACUCUGGUGCGAAAUUUAAAUCUAAAUGAUGCUAAUUAUGCUGUUGCUCUAUCGCUUUUGAAAGGAAGAUACGAAAAUAAGAAGAAUAUUCGAGAAGCACAUUUUGAUGCAAUAUUCAAUGUUUCAAGUGUCAGCAAGAAAAGUGCUUAUAAUCUACGCAAGCUGAUAAACAACGUGAAUGAAAAUCUUCAGGCGUUAAGGAAUUUGGAUGAGCCAAUCAAUCAAUGGGAUUCUUGGAUUGUUUACUUUUUGAAAAAGAAGCUAGACAAUGAAACAAGAUUUGAAUGGGAAAAACACACAGCAAGCAACGUUAAUCCUACAUAUAAGGAAAUGUAUAAUUUUAUUCGUGAUCAUGCUUAUGCACUUGAGGCGUCUGAAGAGAAGUCCAAGAGAGUUAACAAGCCUAAUCAAUUAUCGUCUGCUUCUACUGCUACUGCUUCAAGUAAAUGCUUCAAUGUUACUCAAAGUGAAGUGUGUUUUUUGUGCAAAGGAGAUGAUCGACUGGCUUAUUGUCCGGAAUACACAUGUCUGGAUUCUCGUCAAAGGAAAGCUAAAGUGCUGAGUUUGAAGUUGUGUGUGAACUGCUUCUCGCGGCAGCAUUUUGUGAAUCAAUGCCCGAAGCCUGCAAGUUGCAAAACUUGUAGGAAGAAACAUCAUCCUACACUUCAUUAUGACGACAUACCUAAACAUGGCGUGGGGGCUUCAAUUGACAGGAGUGAUAACUUUGUUGUGGCAAGUACUUCAAACGUUUUUACUUGUGUGGAUCAGCCUGCUAUUUUUUGCAAAGAGGUUUUACUUGCAACGSCAAUUGUUAAUGUUUAUACGGAGGACGGUGAUCAAGUUUUGUGCAGAGCAUUGUUGGAUCCCGGAUCCCAAUCAAGCUUCAUCACGCAAGGUUGUGUGCAGCGUUUACGUCUUAAAACGUCUAUUAAUGGAGGUGUUAAUGUCAGUGGUAUCGGAGGAGUUUGCAAUGGUACGGUAAAGCGUAAUGUUGUUUUACGAUUAUCGCCUGUGUCUUCAAGUUCUUGUGUUUUGGUGAACGCUUUGGUUAUCGAUAGGAUCGCAUCRACUAUUCCUAGGCGUUCUAUUUCUGGAACUGAUUGGCCUCAGUUGGACAGUCUUGAGUUAGCGGAUCCACAUUUUCUCACACCUGGUCCAAUUGACAUUCUACUUGGAGGUGAUAUUUAUGCUCGUCUUAUGGUUGGCGAUGUUGGAGUGUUAAAGCGUCCUGAUGGAGAAAUGCUUGCUCAUCAAACAGAUGAUCUUUUGAAGAGGUUCUGGGAAAUCGAGGAGAUUYCUUCAGCCACAAAUCUAUCUCUGGAGGAGAAAAGGUGUGAACAGCAUUUCAAGGCAACAACUUAUCGUGAAGAUGGUAGAUAUGUGGUAUCAUUACCCUUCAAGGCURAUUGUAGUCUCGGGGAAAGCCGAUCUGUAGCUUUAAAGAGGCUUGAGCAGACUGAAAGGCGAUUAGCACGUGAUCCCGGGCUYAAGGAAAGCUACUCUGCGGCUAUGAAAGAUUAUUUUGAUCAAGGCCAUGCCGAGAAGGUGCCAGAUGAAGAAUUAAACGCUGAUCAAGUUUACUACAUGCCUCAUCAUGCGGUGAUAAGGGAAUCAAGUUCUACAACAAAAGUAAGAGUUGUGUUUGAUGCGUCAGCAAAAACGUCAAAUGGAGUUUCUCUCAAUGAAUGUCUGAUGGUCGGUCCUAAAGUUCAAGAUGAUUUAUUUAAGGAAUAA